AUGGAUGGGCAUAGGAGGCCAUUGUGGAAAGGGGGUAGCUUGCCCAUAGGUUGGGUCAUCUUCUACAAUCAUACAGUGGGUUUGGACAGGUCAUGGCAUGUACUUGGGCUAGGUUAUGACUCGGGUGUCAAGCAGCAGGACAUCGAAAAGGCAGCAGUUAUACACUUUGAUGGAGUUAGGAAGCCAUGGUUGGAUAUUGGGCUUCCGAAAUACAAGGGAUAUCACUGGCAGAAGCCUCAUUUGACUUUUUUCCAACACCUGAGGCAUGAUUUUGGGUCUCUGUCAAGGGUCUUGCCCAUGCGUUGCGAUGUGAGGAAGCGAACUUCCAAAGAAUCGGUUGUGUUAAAGAAAAUGGUGGAUAAGCUAUCUGAUACUGGGUUGAAAGCUAAGUUCUUGUCUUCAUAUGAUUUAUCGCAGAAGGAACCUGUUGAUGGUUAG